CUUCUGGAUACCAGGAAGGACCUUACCACGGGCCUUUUGUCAGACUUUCAAAAGGGGGAGGAAAGAAAAAGCCACAGUGCUGGGCAGUCCCACUUUACUUGACUACUAUGAUGUCACCAACCACAUGAUUCUGUCUCUCCAGUAACAGUGCUUGCAAAAAAAGGGAUUUUUAAAGCUUUUGCUUUUUUGGAUUGUGUGAAUGCUUCAUUUGCCUCACAAACAACCACAGAACCACAAGUGCGGUGCAAACUUUCUCCAAAAGGACACAGCGAGAAGCCUUUGGUUUUUAAAUGGUUAAUCUCAACAGGUCACCAGCAGCCACUGAGACCAACAGAGUCAUUUAAGGCGUCAAGCAGUUUUUGCACCAGAAGAUAAUCGCACACUGUGUGGCAGAGGGGAGAGCUAUGGCAUCAAACAGUCUCUUCGGCUCAGUGACACCUUGUCAACAAAACUUCUUCUGGGAUCCCAGCACCAGCCGGCGGUUCAGCCCCCCGUCGAGCAGCCUCCAGCCUGGGAAGAUGAGCGACGUCAGCCCCGCGGCGGGCCAGCAGCAGCAACAGCAGCACGCGCACCCGCACGCGCCGCACCCGCACUCGCAGCAGCAGCAGCAGCAAUCCCAGCAACAGCAGCAGCAGCAACACCCCGAGGCAGCAGCCGCCCCCCGGCUCCGCCCGCACGACAACCGCACCAUGGUGGAGAUCAUCGCCGACCACCCGGCCGAGCUGGUCCGCACCGACAGCCCCAACUUCCUCUGCUCCGUUCUGCCCUCGCACUGGCGCUGCAACAAGACGCUCCCGGUGGCCUUCAAGGUGGUGGCCUUAGGAGAAGUCCCUGAUGGGACUGUGGUCACCGUCAUGGCUGGAAAUGAUGAAAACUAUUCUGCCGAACUCAGGAAUGCCUCUGCUGUAAUGAAGAACCAAGUGGCACGGUUUAAUGACCUGAGAUUUGUGGGCAGAAGUGGAAGAGGAAAGAGCUUUACUUUGACAAUCACAGUCCUUACAAAUCCUCCUCAAGUUGCUACGUAUCACAGAGCUAUAAAGGUGACAGUAGAUGGACCAAGAGAACCAAGGAGGCACAGACAGAAGCUUGAUGACACUAAGCCUAGUUUGUUCUCAGAGCGUCUCAGUGAUUUAGGGCGCAUCCCUCAUCCCAGUAUGAGAGUAGGGGUCCCGACUCAGAGCCCACGGCCCCCUCUGAACUCUGCACCAAGCCCUUUUAAUCCACAAGGACAGAGUCAGAUUCCAGGUGCUUCAGAGCUGGGCCCAUUUUCAGAUCCCAGGCAGUUUACAAGCAUUUCAUCCCUCACUGAGAGCCGCUUCUCCAACCCACGAAUGCACUAUCCAGCCACCUUUACUUAUACACCGCCAGUCACCUCAGGCGUAUCAUUGGGUAUGUCAGCCACCACUCAUUACCACACGUACUUACCUCCACCUUACCCAGGCUCUUCCCAAAACCAAAGUGGACCAUUCCAGACCAGCAGCACUCCAUAUCUCUACUAUGGCACAUCGUCAGGAUCAUACCAGUUCCCCAUGGUGCCAGGGGGGGACCGCUCCCCCUCCAGAAUGCUUCCUCCCUGUACCACCACCUCCAACGGCAGCACGUUAUUAAACCCUAACUUGCCUAACCAGAAUGAUGGUGUGGAGGCUGAUGGAAGCCACAGCAGUUCCCCAACCGUCUUGAAUUCUAGCGGCAGAAUGGAUGAGUCUGUGUGGAGGCCAUACUGAAAUGUUCUCUCUCCGUGGGCUAAAGUCUGUGAGCCAAAGCAAACAAACAUCUGUCCGCUAAUUAUAAAGUGCCUGUUGUGAGUUAUUUUAGUUUUGUUUGAUACUGUUGAUAUGUGCACCUAUGUAGCUGGGAUGCUAACAGCUAAUAAUAUACAUACAACAUGAUAAUGACCUUCUAUAUGAUAGCUCUGGUGCAUCAAAGCACAUUUCAUGUUUCUCUUGGGAAUAUGUAUAUGGGUUCUAUACAAUUCAGUACAAGAAGAUGUCCAUUCUCUUCGGAUUCUUGCAAAAGAAAUCUAUUAGCAAGUUCCUUUGCCAAGAGAGAAGAUAUGGAUUCCUGCCAAAUGUCAAGAAAGUCUUAGCUUCAAAAUAACCAUGUAAAAACAAAGUCCCUUGAAUUUCAGGUACAGUUGAAAUCAUACUAUAGACCGGUCCCCUGUGCAAGCACUGUGCAAUUCACUAUCUAUGUUUGUACACAGAAGGGAAAAUAGAGCUUCUAUUUAUACCAUAAUAUCUCCUCCUUACAGUAACCUUUUAGUCAUCUUAUCCAUGCCUUGCAACAGAAGAAAUAAGAGAAGUUUUAAGGCGCAGGACUGAUUUUGUACUGAAAGAGCAUCCUACAUGGUACCAAGAUAGGCUUGUUUGUUUCAUCUUCUGCAUUUUUGCCUUACUUAACCAAAAAAAUGGGGGUUUAGGGGAACCCCUAAAAUUAAAAUGAACCUUGGUUCCUAUGCAAGUAGCAAAAGAUAAUGGCAAUAUAUCUUUCUGAAACCAAAACAUUAUCAGUAGUAUGUGUAUUUGGCUAUCUUGUUUUAUUUUAUUAAGUUAUAAAUAUGUAAAAUUAGGAUUAUUUGCAAAAAAAGUGAAUUGUCAUAUAAUUUUAAAGAAAUAUUUAUAAUUAUUUAAUUAUAUUUGGUCCCUUUAAAGUUUCCUUAAUGUUAUGAUGUGCUGACUUCGGUCUCUAAAAAGUGUUGUUGUUUUUUUCAGUAGUGGCAGCCUUUGGUACAAUAUCUCAAGGCUAUACCUGAACUCUAGUAUAAACCAGAUGCAAUGUGAUUCUUCUUUUUAAAAAAAGCUUUCAACUAAUAAAGUGUAAAGUAUAGCAAUUAUUUUAAAUUAUGAAGACUGUUUAAAUGUUACUGGACAUCUGAUUGCCUAUGGCUUUUUAUUCUGCUGUCAAAAAUGAACUGGAAAGAUAAAUCAAAUAAAGGGAAAGCAUUUGGAUAGAUCCCUCAAUUUUAACAAGUGGAAUCCAUGGCUGGUGUUCUGCUUGCCUUGAAGUUCUUUCUGUCCAUUGUCUGUGUGCAAGCACUCUGGAAGGGUAUCCUACAAGACAGAAGGACAUAGUCUUACAGAAGUGCAUUUUCCUCACGUGUUGAUAUUUUAUGAUGAAAUUUAAACUUUGAAUUUCAGUCAACAUUUGGAACUAACAUUUUAAUCAAGAUUUGGAAAAACUCCUGCAAUACCAAAGAAAGGAGGGCAGGAAAAUUAAGGGCAGAGCACUAAUUUUCCCAAAUAAAAUACUGAUAAUAUUUUCCAGCAAAUUCUUUAUAUUGAUCUCAUAGGUCUUAUCUAGCAUUAAAUGCUAAAGUUAUUAUGCUUCUUGGCAAUGUUUUAAACUAGCCUUUUAAAGAAAUUGCAACCACAGUGUUAAAAAAAAAACAAGUACCUAUGGGCUGCUGCAAGUGUAAUCAACACAGCGCAGGUAACCUUCAUUGAAUGCUCAAUAUGGAAAUCCCCGUAGGGCCGUACACCUGGGUGCACAUUGAAAGACAUUAAUACACCCCUUCCUUGUAUCUUGUAUCACUAGAAGGCUAGCUCUUAUGGGAUGCCUAUUAAAAUCUUUGUUAGCCUUCUCUUUUCCAUAUCAUAGGUAGGCAUGCCAACCAAAUCUCAGAUUGUGCCCCUCUAGACUAAGUAAAGCUUGAUUUUCUAAUUUAACCUAGACCUCAGUGUAAAUGAGUUUGGCACCCCUGCUUUGCAAACACUGUGUUAUCCAGGUGACAAGCAGGAUUAACUGUUUCAGAGAGCUCAUUUGACACCUUUGUCCGUAAACCAGAAACCUGCUGCUUCUAUUCAUACACAGGCUUCAUUUAAGAAGAAUGUGGGGCAAACCAAGCAGGUCAUAGCUUGACUCCCUUAGAAGAAGGUGCCAGCCCCGCAAUCCUUCUAGACAUCACCAUGUUCUCUUUGCACUGGUUUAAUCUCAACUCCAUGCACAAACAAUAUUUUCUUUGAACUGUAAUGUAGCUGGAGCUAAAGAUGUCAAUUUUGGCAAAAAGAAAUGGUGAAAUCUGUUCACAGUGUUACUUGGACAUGUCCGUCUCAUCAUCCAUUGAUUGCUAAGGCAGCCCACCAGAAAACAACCCCUAUCCUCAUGGACCAUUUCUGAAAUUUGAAUACUUUUAAUGUGCUCUUUAGGAAGAGUCUUUGCCUUCUAAAGGUUAUCUGUCAAAUCCUUUCUUGAAAACAAGAGACAAUUUCCUGAUGUAUAGUUUUCCUUCAAAGAUGGAAACUGUUACUGAUCCUAUUUAUUGCUUGUGGUAGCUUGAAGCAUACCUUUGUCCAUUUAUUUGUCUCUGUAAAAAUAACUUUGUUCAUUUCAGCAGCACUUAAAAAGCCAGUAUCUGGUUACACAUUUCAAGCUUUGUUGGAUUUUUGUUUGCUGUUUUUUAGGCAAGCAAAGAAGCAAAGAAGGAAAAAAUGAAAUGAACUUUCAGUGCAAACGCUGUUGUGUAUUUAAUAAAAGGUACUAUAUUUGUACGUUAUUUUUAUUGCUGAAAAGGGCUUUUUAAAGAUAUGCUAUUUGCAUCUUAAGUACUUUUGUAAGGAUAUUUUGUGUUGGUACAGGGGCUGCAGGCAGCACUCCAAAAACAUUUUAAAAGCAAGCAAGCCACAUGUUCUUGUUCAAUUCAAGUACAACUUUAUAUUUCAUUUUGUUCUGUGCCUACAGCAAUAGUUCUGUAUUUACACAUUUUAAAACUGGAUCAUCUGAGAUUAAAAGCUCAAAUUCUUCAGGUGUGCUGUUUGGUUUGCCCAGAAAUCUUGCCCUUGUCUAUGACUGCACAGUUGAAAUGGUUCAUGUUGUGAGUUUGAAUUAACCUAUAAUUGAAGGGCUGGCAGAAAAGAAUAUUCAUGAGCACGUUUGAUAAGCACAAGGCCUUUCUCAGUUAUCUCUCAUGUUUAAAUUUACUGUGAGACUUGUUUUGAAAAGAUAUGAAUUCUCAGCAGGGAACUUUUUAUACAGUCAUGUGUGCUUCCUAAUUCCUUUGAUGGCAGUGUAGAAAUACAUAGAUAAAUACAUAGAUACAUACAUAAAAAUAAGUUACAAAUGACUUAAGGUCCUAAGUCUGCAUGUUGUCAACUGAUAAUUAUAUUAUUACUCAUGUACAUCACACAUUUUAAUAGCUCUCCCCUUCAGAAGGGACUGUAUGAAGAUAUCUGCAAGGCACAGUCAUGUGGACUGUGAUUAUUUUGUCAAGUAUGGGGAUUUUUUUUUACAAGAGGACAUUUUGAUUUAUUUUACAGAAUCAGUGCUAUAAACCUGUAUGUGCAAAUCUCCAAAACCAUACCAAAUAUUUAUUUGUAGGGAGCAAGAGUUAAUGUCCUUAGAUAACAUGCAGAAUCUAGUACCAGCUAUGGGUGGACCUCCAGUUAAAGUAAGUGAGAAAUCAGGGCCUCUCGUGCCCUUUCAAACUAAUUUGAGGCAGGACUCCCUUUAGCGCAGUGGUCCUCAACCUGUGGGUCCCCAGUGUUUUGGUCUACAACUCCCAGAAAUCCCAGCCAGUUUACCAGGUGUUAGGGUUUCUGGGAGUUCAAGGCCGAAACAUCUGGGGACCCACAGGUUGAGAACCACUGCUUUAGCAACAAGCUUGCUGCCAAUAGCCAUCUCCUGAGUAUGGCCUGCCCCACUGCCUUGUCCAGAAGGGGAUUUAUAUUUUUUUUGCACUGUCAGAUUGACCAGAAUGCUGCUUCACAUCCCAGUUGGAGUCUGCUAUUUCUGGAAACUUAAUAUAUCAGGAGUUACAAAAAAAAAGCCAUGAACAAAAGCAAUAAUUAAAAGUAAUGUAAAGUGUGUACAAGCCAUGAAUAAAGAAAAAGAAAUGCUGUUUUCUAAUCUUUAAACUUUCUCGGACACAUUUCAUUUCAGCAUGUUCUGUCUGAUAUUUUAGCCAUUCUUUCUUGUUGCAAUACUUUUAAAUAGAUGACCCAGAAAUCAUAUUUUACAGUAAUUUUUGUUUUUAUAGGUACACUAAGCAACAUUCCACAUUAUUAUGUUUUGCCUACAUAUGAUUUACCAGUCUUGAAUUUCUGCUGAAACAAAAUAUUUGUAGCAUUUCCUGUAAAUACCAGCUUUAAUUUCUGAUUUCCUCCCAAUUGUUGUUGCCUAAGAUUUACUUUUUAUGCACAUAUUGUACAAACACAUUUUUCUUUGUGCCGCAGACAGUGAUUGUGGAAGGGUUUACUUUAUCUUCAAGGGAACUAUUUGUAUUGUAUGUUGCAACUGUAAAUGGAAUUUGUUUGGCAUUCUCUCAUGAUUGUAAUAUUAAUUUUGAGGUUUGAAUCUCAUUUUCAAUAAAAAUGGCUUUUUGUUAA